AGUUUCUAGAAGUUGAAGAGGAGACUCACUACCGUGCCCGUUCUGUCCAUUCCGACCCUACUUUGGAGUUCACUAUCUACAGUGAUGCUUCGGAAAUGGGUUUGGGUUGUGUUCUCAUGCAGCAAGGGAGAGUUGUAGCCUAUGCUUCGAGGCAGCUGAAGCCUCACGAGCAGAACUACCCCACUCAUGAUCUCGAGUUAGCUGCAGUCGUUCACGCCUUGAAGAUUUGGCGGCACUACCUCUAUGGACGCAAGUGUGAGAUAUUUACCGACCACAAGAGCCUUAAGUACAUCUUCACUCAGAAGGAGCUGAAUAUGCAGCAGCGUAGGUGGUUGGAGUUGGUCAAGGACUACGAUUGCACGAUUAGCUACCAUCCUGGGAAAGCUAACGUGGUUGCCGACGCGUUGAGUCAGAAGAGUCAUGGUCAGCUGUUUUGCCUACUCAUGGGGCAAGAGAUUCUA